AUGAACGAAAGGGACCCCGAAAAGCGCAAACAGAAUGCCGUGGCAUUCCUAAAGCUGCUCACCGAAUGCCGCGACAAGGUCCCUAACGACUGCCUUGAGCCGACACUCAAUCUUGCAGACGCGACUGUUCGACAGUAUGUCAGGGAGAUCGAGAAAACAGCGUGGACUAGCAGAACGAGUCUAGAAGGUUAUCUUCAAGUGGUCUCAGCUCUCAAGGACAGAAUCGAGGAGAUCCGCGAUAACCUUCCAACCGGUUGGCAAGAUUUCUCGAAUUGGCUGCGCGGAUACACCUGUUACUCACAGACCAACACACCCAACGUCUCUACAGCUCAACCGCCCCCACCCCAGCCGAAACCCACAGUACAGGUUGUCCCUCUUCGCAGUGACCCUGUAUUUCAUGCGUCACCACCUGCGAUCAAGUCCCCUUAUUUCGAGACGGGCUACCAGGACAUUGACCCAGCUCUACUUGCUACUGAUGGAGCCAACGAAAAGGAGGUCAUGGAAACCGACACAACCCCAGUUUUUGCAAGUGUACAAAAUGGCGCAUCAAAAGUGCCAUCAACCGACGCGAAAACAGUAUCAUCUAUCGAGAAGGCAACCUCCGAGACUGUCACAACCAAGACUUCACUCUCUUCUCAAACUGGCAAUCCGAAUAACCAUGCUUCAUCUGCAGUAUUAGGCAAACCACAAAGAGAUGUUGCCAUAGGUCGCGCGACCACUGCCAGCGACGCUGUUGGACCUAACCAGAAAGCGAACGUCGGUUUGAAGUCAGUAGGUUCGCACUUCGACAGCGCUUCCAUUUUCAAGCUCUCUGGAAUAACUACUAGCUUUCCGGCGCCUUUGACUUUCGACUGGUUUCCUACGCAACAAACACCAAACGCCGCAAAGCCAGCACCCACUUCUGCCCUUGCCGCUCCCAUGUGGACACCAGCAAUAGGCAAAAAAAUUGUAGCCGUUCCUAAAAACUUCAACUUUUACACACCAAAAGUUCCAGCAACGACCAAUUCCUUCAUCAACUCCGAUGGUGGGUCCAUCUUCGGCAACCUUGAUGCUGGAGCGAAGACGCUAGAUCAACCUUUCUCGUUCAGCCCAGCCACAGCACCAGAACAACCGGCGGGGCUCCUGGAGUCCAAAUCUGCGCUCUUCAAGAGCACUGCUGGCGAGUCUGUAUCCGUCAAGCUCAUAGAGAAGACAUCGCCACCAGAUUCGUCAGCCUCUUCGUCGUCUCCAGGUUCCGCUACCAGAGACGCUUCUCCUCAUAAACUCGAAUUGUCGUCGGCUGUGUCUUCUCCGGACUCCACCCCAUCGAAGACUGACCCCGUGGUAGGAUCUACCAAUGAUGGCACGCUGGAGAUGAUCUUGAGCCUCCUACAGGAAGAGAGGGCUGCGAGGAUCGAGGCCGAAGCCAAGAGGGCUGACGCUAAGAUGAAGCAGAACCAGUCGAACGACGAGGUUUUCCAGCGAAUCGCGAGCCUCGAGAAGAACAAUUCUUCUAUGAGGGAGGCAAUGACCAACAAGCAAAAGGAGCUCGAUGAGCGCGAGGCUUCCGUCUCCAAGCAAGAGGAAGCUUUGAAGGCACUUCAAAUUAAGCUUGAAGCAGACAUGUCGCGGCAGGCGGCCGCAGAGAAGGCCUUCAUCGCCAAAGCUGAAGAGACGUCGAAGACCUUGAAUGAGCUACAAGUGAAGCUUGAUCGGAUGGAGAAGGAGGCUGAAGCAAGGUUGGCAAAGACGAUGACUCUUGUCACGUCAGCCAAGAAGCAAGAAGGGCCCGUGAAGCCUAAAGUCCUUGCUUCUACCGUCAAUACAAACGACAAGGUCGUCUCCGAGGCCAACAAAGUCGCUAGACGAAAGCGCAAGCCGAGCCAGAUCGGCAAGAUCCUCAACAAGGCCUUUCCGCCUAGGAAGGCAGUCAUUGUCUUUGACGAGCUGAAGCACGGAGUCCUACGCAUGUCCAAGGUUGGAAAGGCCCAGCUCAAGGACCUUGAGGCUCAGUUCCACGAGCUACUGAGAUUGUACGAGCGGCCGGAAUCGAAGCGCGAGCAACAUGUCUCUAUGCUGAUCGACUUGAUCAACUUCGGAGAUGCCAUUGGUCGCAACGAUGACGGACCGUAUCACCUUCUCAACGCUAUCGUCAAGGAUGCAGCCAUCGACUUCGCCAAUGAGCGCCUUACCAAGUACCUCUUCCACGACAACAAGUGGUUGAAGUUCUUGGAGGUCUCUGAACAGCACAAGAUCAUGCAGGCCUUCAAGACCAUCGCAAGCCUGGGAACAUCUCUCUUCGACAUGGACUUGGCACUGAGUUCUGCUGAAGCGCCGGACGAGUUUGACGAUGACGAGAUCUCCGCGACUCCGUCUGAGAUCGUUGAGAAGUAUUACAGGAUAUUCUGCGAGUACGAUUCAGCUUUGCAACAAUUCCUAGACGCGGUACCGAAGCCGUCUCCUACGUAUGGACUGGUGAAGGCCCACAGGGAGUGCGAGGGUCUGGCUAUGAGUGAUACAUGGAAGAAAGCGGCUCAGAAGUUUGGUGUGAAUCUUUGA